UGUGCUGUUACUUGGGUAUAUGGAUUCGGAUUGGGGGGAUAUAGAUAUUCAUUAAAGAUGCUUGCGUUAGAAAGAAUUCGUGGGAAAUUUUUUACUCGUGCAUGGGGUUUCAUAAAAGGAGCUGAAUCAAUUCCUGUGCUGAUAUCAAUACCUUUAACUGGAUUCCUUAAUGAUGCUUCAUUAACACACGGAAAGGCUGGUUACUACAUAUGUUCUGCAUUGGUUGCUAUUUCUGGUGUGUUGAUGUUCUUUGUUGGAUAUCCGAAAAACACAUCUAAAUUCUCAAUGAACGGAUCAGUUCUAUCACGAUAUAAUGGAACAUCAACGGACUGUGCAGGCAGCGGUGUGGGCUCAUCGUUUCGCUGUAAUAAUCCUCAAUGGCCAGGUGCUUAUUAUCCAUCAUCCGAUUGUACAACUGGCACACCACAUCACCAUCAUCAUCCAAAUUAUCCGCCUCAAUAUAAUCAUCAAUUUCCAAAUGGAACACCAGUAAAUCCUCAUCGAAAUUGCCGUAGUAAUAAUAAUAAUAGUAGUGCACUGCCUCCGCACGGUCGUUUACAGAAAAGCUUAUCAUUUGCUUUUCAAACGCCUGCGAUGAUGAAUGAGCCAAAUCGUGGCAGUUGUCAGAAUCAAAUCAAUUAUCCCGAAAGGAGCUUUUCAAGAUGUGAUAUGAUGUACCAUAGUCAACGUCAAUAUUCAAAUACAGCGGCAGCAGCAUCAAAUGUUCCAUAUACGAAUGGUCUAAAUUCUCGUAGUCGAAGCGUUCCGGAAGGUUUAGCUCAUCCCAACGGAGACAUUCAUUGGAAUUACAAUCGCACAAUUGGACCCAAUUUUCAACAGCAACAGCAUCAACAGCAACAGCAUUUUCAUCAGCCACAUUCACGUUCACAAUCGAGGCACAAUGUUACAGUACUGGAACAGAUCACAACAUCCGUUUGACCAAAAAUAAAUUGUCAGAAUAUGUUCAUUUGCAUAUGUGUGUAUGUCCUCGAAGGAAUUGUGGCUUUUAUCUCAUAGUAUUCAAUGUUGUAUAUUAAGAUGAGACAAUUUUGUUGUUACUUGAAUUUAAAUCAACGAAUCUCAUUUACAUUGUGACACAUUCUUCUUCCUUUCCUCUUAACAUCACACAAACAAUUUUUCAUGCAUGAAUAAUUAGUUUUAAG